AUGGCGACUCUCCCAGAGCUUCCAGAGCUUGUAUGCGACAGAAUCAUUGAGGAGUACCUUGAGGCUUUUGAUCAUAUCUCAAUCCAUACGCUCCGGCUUCUCGCUACGCAGCCAAUUCCGAACCAAGGCACCCAUACCAAUAUAUGGAACAGAUUUUCCAGACCACAAAACCCACUGUACAGGAGUCAAUUCCGAGCCAAGGUCCGCCAAGAAUGGUACAGCGAAUUAGCACAAGCCAAUGCCGACAGAAUACCGAUUUUGAUGGCCCCCCCAGCUACGGACCUGAUCACCGACUGCGUGCAAAACUGUUUCCCUUGUUUCAAGUGGUUCUGGAGUCUCCGCCUGAUCCCACCUCGUGGCUAUAAUCGCAAUGGGCUGGGCUAUCUCGAAAUUGCGAUCCGAGCAGGACAGUUACCGACGGUCCAGUGGCUUAUUGAGCAUCUCCCAGUCACGGACCUUCUUACGCAGCAACUUGAGGUUGGGCUUCCUGACACCGCGGUUAAAGGAGCGCUCAGCCAUGGCGAAUAUUGGGACAUCUUUUGGCAGCGGAUCACGACUGCUACGCCGACCAUCACAGAUCUCUCUCGAUAUGUAUGGCUCGAUAAGCCCUUUGAGCCACUCUACUCUUGGGUUACAGUCAAAGUCGCCGAUGAACUUUUGGCCAGAAAUCUCAAUAUCGCCAGAAAAUGCGGAGGGGCCAGCACGGGGUGGAAGGAUGUGAUUAGCGGUGGAAACCCAAAUGCCCUCGCGAUCUUCCAGUGGUUUCUUGACCAUCCGGGAGGUUCUCAUGAUACAGCAGACUCGACCUCUCCACUGGGGUCUCCGCUGCCUUGGCAUACCGCUAUUCUCCUAGACGACUACCCCUCCAGCAAGUGGCUCUCCCAACGUGCUGAUCCAACCACGCUCUGCGUGCCCCCUGACUCCCAUUUUACGUAUAACAUCGGCGAACUCAUUACUCGGCGCAGACUUUGGCCCACGAGCGAAUGGAUGCUUGAAGCAUGGUUCAAGGCGCUGAAGCGCCAAAACCCCCUCUCUAUGAAGCACCACCGCGAACUCUACCGCUGGAUUAUGAGCCUGGGCCUACAGAAACACCAAGACCAUGAAAUGCCCCCGAUACCACCAGUCCAAUGUGGACUCUCCCCCGCUCAGGCACGGAAAUGGCGUCGGGAGUAUAGUCGGGCCCUAGAAUUCGAGAUACAUGGGUUUGCUCGGAUGAUGGUUCGGUAUGCCCCUUCUAGCUGGUGGGGAUCGUUCUAUCAUCGGUUGGCUCUUCAUAACCUCAAACACUGCUUUCGGACGACACGAACCCUCCAUGCUAUUCUCGAGCGGGAUCCCCAUAGCACCCGCAUAUUCCAACCCCUGUGUGGAUUGCAGAGGCGAGCUUGA